UGUAAAAAUCACUUAAAAAUGUGUAAGAAAUCACUUCUCUUUUUCAAUAAGCAUUGCUAUUUUCAAAUUGAGGAAUGCUAGCUAUCUUCAUUCUUCCCCCCUUACCGUCUCCAAUUUACCUUUUCCACACAUCAAACCACAUGAACUCCACUAGCACUUAAAACUAAGUUCUUAAUGCCUUACGAAACUCAUUAUUCUUUUUCCGAUAUUACCCUUGUUUUUUAAAAGCUAACUUCUCUCUCCUACCAAAUUCAGCCCGUAAUUCUGUUUAUAAAUGGAAAAAAAUGAUUUUUUUUUCUUCCUAAAACCUCAAAAUAAUCGCUUAGUACUAUGAUCUAGUGUUAUUUCUCUUUACUUGUAUGUGAGAGGUCUUUGGGUCGAUUCUCGACAAAGGCGAAUUUGAACCACAUAAUUACUAGCCUAUUGCGAGACUAAACACACCACACUCCAUUCAGGUAGAUAAAAUCGUUUGUUAAAAAAAAAAAAAAACCCAAAAUGAAUUGUAUUAUAAAAGGAAAAAACAACCAAAAUUGGUUAUGUGGUUGUAUAUGUUUUCACUUGGAUUCAAUGACUUACCAAGAACAAAAGAGAAGAACAUAUAUGAAUUAUUGAACAUAAAAAUAAAAAAAAAAGCCCACAUCGAUAUACGGGUAAAUAAGCUAAAUUAAAAAAAAAAAAAAAAAAAGUAAUUAGCUUUAAUGGAGUCAAAUUUAAAUUUUUUUAUGUUUCUUUUGCAAGAUCUCAAGUUCUAUUCAUGUUACAAAAGCAUACUUAUUACGUUUGUUUUUUCCUUUUUAAAAUUAUGGGAGGCUGUGACAAGCAAGGCUUUCGUAUGAAGCAAGGAGUGUUAACCACAGGCCGUGUUCGCCUUUUGCUCCAUGGAGGAACCCCAUGCUCCUGUGGGUAUGGAAGGAGGAAUGGGGAAGGAAGAAGGAAAUCUGUUCGUGGAUGCAUCGUCAUUGUUAAAAAAGGUGACUCAGACCUCCCUGGACUGACUGAUGUUGAAAAGCCAAGAAUGAGAGGUCCAAAGAGGGCAUCAAAGAUCCGAAAGUUAUUUAACCUCACCAAGGAAGAUGAUGUGAGGAAGUAUGUCAACACUUACCGCAGAACAUUCACAAACAAAAAAGGUGGGUCGACGAGCAAAGCUCCCAAAAUUCAGAGACUGGCAAAGGCAAAGUCAGAGGUAGCAGAGUACCGAAAGCUCCAUGCUUCAAGGUCGAAGGAGCAGCGAGAGCGCUGUAGUGAGAGCUUAGCCAAGAGGAGAUCAAGACUCUCUAGUGCUUCUAAGCCAUCUGUUACUGUUUAGAUCGCUGGAGCAUGUGAGGUUUUUAUCAAUGAGUUAAGAGCGGAGGGGCAUCAUAGAUGGUUUAAGGUAUUUUAGGUUGUUUACGAUGGAUGUCGAACAUGUUGAAGUGGUUUGACAUUUCCAAUUUUGUUGCGGUAUUCAUGUUUG